CGCCGCCGCUCAGGACCGGGCCUCAAAAUGGCCACACACCUACCCCCGUAGCGGAAAAACCGGGUUUUUUGGGGAGCCGGAUGCCUUCCCUAUGUUCACCACCAACAACCGAGUGAAGAGGAGACCUUCCCCCUAUGAGAUGGAGAUUACUGAUGGUCCCCACACCAAAGUUGUGCGGCGUAUCUUCACCAACAGCCGGGAGCGAUGGCGGCAGCAGAAUGUGAACGGGGCCUUUGCCGAGCUCCGCAAGCUGAUCCCCACACAUCCCCCGGACAAGAAGCUCAGCAAGAAUGAGAUCCUCCGCCUGGCCAUGAAAUAUAUCAACUUCUUGGCCAAGCUGCUCAAUGACCAGGAGGAGGAGGGCACCCAGCGGGCCAAGCCUGGCAAGGACCCUGUGGUGGGAGCUGGUGGGGGUGGAGGUGGGGGAGGGGGCGGCGCGCCCCCAGAUGACCUCCUGCAGGACGUGCUUUCCCCCAACUCCAGCUGUGGCAGCUCCCUGGACGGGGCAGCGAGCCCGGACAGCUACACAGAGGAGCCUGCGCCCAAGCACACGGCCCGCAGCCUUCAUCCUGCCAUGCUGCCCGCCGCUGAUGGAGCCGGCCCUCGGUGAUGGGUCUGGGCCAGCAGGAUCAGCCAGGAGGGCGUCCUUAGGCUGCUGGGAUGGUGGGCUUCAGGGCAGGUGGGAUGAGAACUGGGCCGCUCUGAAGCAAGGCGGUGGACUUGAACUUUCCUGGAUGUCUGAACUUUGGGAAGCCUUUACUGACCCUGGGGCUGGUUUUCUGUUUCCUGUACCAGUAGGAGAUCAGAAAAAUGGAGCAAAGUGGUAGGUACUUUUUGUGAAGACGGCACGGUCUUCCCUCUUCCCUCAGUCCCUAAUCCUUCCCAAGUAAGAGGCUGGAGUUGUCACUGCUUUUGGCCUGGAGUUUGGGAUCCCUGUCUUUCCUGAGAUGUGGGGUUGUCAGCUCUCAUCUGAGGCAUCCAACAGUCUCUGCCUUGCCUUUAGCCCCUCCCAAGCUGGCUGGGGUGGCCUGUGUGGCCACUUCCGUCCAUAUUUAUAGGUACCCAAUAGCUGCCCAUUUCGUGAGCCCCAUCUUCACCCAGGCCUAUGUUGAUCCAUCCAGCUUGCCAGAUGCUGCAGAGUCACAAGCCUCGAGGUGCCUUCUUCAGGGCCUGGUUGAAGAUGAUCAGUGGACAGUCUGCUCUAGAUGAGCUGGGCCAGAGGGUCAGGAAACCCAGUCGCCCUUACUUCUUGCCCUGGGCAUCAAAGUUCUGCUUUCUCCCCACUGAGACUUGCCUUCCUAAGCCUGGGGCUGUGGAGACCGUGUCUGCAGCCCUGAGAGAGCCCUGUUGGGCUUUGUGUGAAGGCAGAGAAAGGGACAAUGAUAUUAGAGUGAUAUGGAGCAAGAGAUAUUUUGGGCAUGUGGACUUCAACUCCUCCACAUCACUGUUCAUGCUGGUGAGUGAAUGCCAGUGUGCUGAUGGGCGUAUGCGGGUGCUGAGUAGAUGCGCAGCCCCAUCUGUGCAUUCUCCUAGAUGCUUAGAGGGAUUUCUUUGCUGUAAGAUGUCUGUUUGCUGAUGUUCUGGUCUGUGUUCCGAAUUGAGCACAAACUCUGUCCUAUGAAUGCUUUGCAUUUGGAAUUUUUGCUUGACUUCAGUUAUUGGUGGAAUCUUUAGCUCUCAAUAGGACCAGGAUCCAGCCUCACUUCUAGGGUAUGGGAAAUCCAGUUAGAGACCAGGCCCUGGCUAAGACCCACACAUACGCACAUUCACUUAGCAGAACCUUAAACACCCCUCAGUUGUGCAGCUGUCAUCAAGGGUGUGUCUGGGAGGUUGGUUUAAUGCAAUAGAAGUGCUCCCCUCUGAAAGUUGUACAUGAAAUUUUUGUAAAUCACAUCCUUAUUCUUCAUCUUUUAAAGAAAUAACCACUGCAAGUCCUUUUGUAAAGUGAAGAAUCCUUUUGUAGAAUGAACCACUGCCCCUUCAUUGAUUUCCUGUGUCAAUCCAGAUGGUGGGAUGUGGUUUUCUUAAGGUGAGGCCUGUCUGUGACCUGCAUCUAAGCCCAAGGGACAAACUGCACAGAAGUCCUCCUCUAUGUCUGUCAUUGUACCCUUAAGUCACCCCAGCCCUCUCCCUCUAGGCUCUGCCUUCGAGGUCAGAGGAAAGAUAGGCUAUGGUCCCGUCCUGUCAUGCAAUAACUCAUUGCCGUGGCUGUCUGGAAAGCCCCUCUUAUAGUUUGGGCUUCAACCCAGUGGCUUGUCCUCACCAUGAUGGGGCCCUAAUUCAGCCAUGUGCAGACAGAUAAUAUGUCUGCUCCCCUCCCCUUCCUUUUAAGGAAGGUCCAAUUCUUGAGCUUGGGGCAACAUUGUUCACCUUUGUAGCACUCUGGCUCCCCAUUUAAUUUCAGGCUCCCCAGAUCAUGUUUUGGUGAGCAUUAGGAUUGCUCCUUUCCAAUGUUUGGAAGAUCCUGUGAGGAACCCCAUCUGUCUAAAGAUAGAGUCAUUGUUGUAGGAUCUAAAGCUUUGCUUCACAGUGGAUUCGCUUGACUUAGGAAUGAGAAGUAGCCACAGUGUGGAUGGGUGGACGGGUUUCAUGAGAUGGAUCAGAUAUUUUAUCAAGAACUCAAACUUCUGGCUCCUUCUUCUUUCAGACUUGCCAUGUGACUCUGCCUUGGCCUAUCUCCUGGGGCUAUGGUGUGGACUGAAUGGGAUCAUGAAAGUAGACAGUUUUGAGAGCAUAAAGAGCUUUUUUUCCCCCUCAAUCUCAAUCCUGCAGUGGGGUUUUGCAGCCUGAGUCCACGACCUAGGCAGUGGGCUGGUGUGCCUGACUGCCCAGCAUUUGGGUAAUUUCUAUUGUAAACCACUUUGGCCUGAGUUAUCGAGAUUGUCCUCAUUUCUCCAGAUUAUCUAUUUUUUUUGUUGUUUUUUGUGAGAGACAGUGUCUUGUUCUGUCACUCAGGCUGGAGUGCAGUGGUGCCAUCAUUGCUCUCUGCAGCCUUGAACUCUGGGCUCAAGCAAUCCUCCCACCUCAGCCUCCCGAGUAGGGAGGACCACAGGUGUGAGCCACCACACCUGGCUAUUUUUUACAUUUUUUUUCUUUUUUGGUAGAGAUGGAGUCUUGCUAUAUUGCCCAGGCUGGUCUUGAAGUCCUGGUUUCAAGCAAGUCUCCUGCCUCUGCCUCUAGAAGCACUGGGAUCACAGGUGUGAGCCAUUGCACCCAGCCCAGAUUGUCUUAAUUUCUGUCUUGUUCCAAGGCCAGAGACAGUAAUGAGAAUGGAAAAGAGAUAUGGGAAUACUGGCAGACUGUGUAAAAUGUAAUGCAACUACCCAAAACAAGCCUGGUAGGAAAGGGCAAGGCUUUAGGUCUUUGUAAGAACUAAAGAAGAUCCGUAAUUUUUAUUUUCACCCUCUGUACCCCAUGACCUUAUCCUUCCUCUCCUUCCUUGUUACCCAUGAAAAACUGGCAACAUUCCAAGAAUAGCAUCUGUACAAAGGGGAAAGAACAUAAAGGUAAAACAAAACAAAACACAACAUUUUGAGAACAAAGAUGACCGUAACCACUGAAGGGAAUCACAUCUUUUAAGACAAAUUCAUAUUCUUUUAUUUGUUAUGGCAAAUGACAAGAUGGUACAACCUUUAUUCUUUUCCAAAAUAAAACAAAGGGCACAGCAUCUAUAGUCAGCCGACAACUAUUUCUGCCUUUUGGGGGUGGGUCUGGCCGUACUUGUGAUUUCGAUGGUACGUGACCCUCUGCUGAAGACUUGCCCCCUGCCCAUGUACAUAGUGCAUUGUUUCUGUGGGCGGGCCCAGCACUUUCCGUCAAUGUUGUACUGUAUGUGAUGAAUUGCGUUGGUCUCUGCAUUUUUCUGCAGAAGAGGAGUAACCGCUCUAGGUACCUUGAUCUUUGUACAGCCCAGAGGCCAACACUGUGGGUGUGUGACUCUUUAGCAAAAAAAAACCCAUGUGGUGAUGAUGUGUGUAUAUAUAUAAGGAUAUAUCAGGAAGAUUUCUAAAUAAAAGUUUUACAAAGGGGC